AUGGGGAAAGUGCAGAAGAAAAACAGCAAAGGGCGUUUAGAUAGAUACUACUACCUUGCAAAAGAAAAGGGCUAUCGUGCUCGUUCUUCAUUCAAAAUCAUCCAGAUAAAUGAAAAAUUUGGUCACUUUUUGGAAAAGUCAAAGGUUGUCAUUGAUUUAUGUGCGGCACCAGGGUCAUGGUGUCAAGUUGCAUCACAGCUAUGUCCUGUUAAUUCGUUGAUUAUUGGGGUGGAUAUUGUCCCUAUAAAGCCCUUGCCAAAUUGUAUAACAUUUCAAAGUGACAUCACCACUGAAGAUUGUAGGAGUAAAUUGCGUGGACAUAUGAAAACUUGGAAGGCUGACACAGUACUACAUGAUGGUGCCCCAAACGUUGGUUUGGGUUGGGUUCAAGAUGCCUUCACGCAGUCGCAGUUGACCUUGCAGGCGUUGAAGUUGGCAGUUGAGAACUUGAUUGUGGGUGGAACAUUUGUCACCAAGAUUUUCCGAUCAAGAGAUUACAACAAUUUGAUGUGGGUAUUUCAACAAUUAUUCGACAAGGUUGAGGCCACGAAACCGCCAAGUUCAAGAAACGUUUCUGCAGAAAUUUUCGUUGUGUGUAGGGGAUUCAAAGCACCAAAGAAAUUGGAUCCUCGAUUAUUGGACCCUCGUGAAGUGUUUGAGGAGUUGAAUGAUAAAAAGAGUGUUAACAACGAGGAGAAGGUUUUCAAUCCGGAGAAAAAAAGAAGGCAAAGACAAGGUUACGAAGAGGGAGAUUACACUUUGUUCCAUACCAUGCCAAUCAUGCAAUUUAUCAAAGAGGAUGAUCCAAUAAACCAGUUGGGACAACUCAACAAGUUUGAUAUUGAUGAAAGUGACCAUGAGUGGAAGAUUGUGAAGAAGCUAAAGUCUUAUAGUGAAGAGUUGAGAGAGUGUUUUAAGGAUUUGAAAAUUCUUGGAAAGAAGGAGUUUAAACAUAUAUUGCGGUUCCGUAAACAAGCCAGGGACUUGUUGGGAAUCGACAAGGAGGAGGAGAAACCUGAGAUUGAAGUGGAGGAAUUGACAGAAGAGCAGAAAAUAGACCAAGAAUUGAACCAAAUGUUGGAGAAGCAAAAGCAAAAAGCUAAAAGAGCCAAAAAGACGGCAAACGAGUUGAAACAAAAGGAGAUUAUUAGAAACCAAAUGCAAAUGGUUACUGAUAUGAAUAUUGGUAUAGAUGCUGCGCAAAUUGGGGCAGAUUCUUUGUUCAAUUUAAAGACUGCUGAAAAGUCGGGCCAGUUGAGCAAACUAGCUGCUGGGAAAAAGGCAAUGGUUUUUUCGGAGGAAGAUCGCGCAAGGGAUACAGAAAUUCAUUUCGAUGAACAGGAUGCAAACAGUGAGGAUGAGAUUGACGAGUUGGAGGCUCAAUUGGAUGAUAUGUAUGAGCAGUAUCAAAACCGAAGGGCCGAAAGAGAUGCUAAAUAUAAAGCCAAAUUGGCUAGAGGUGGUGAUGAUGAGGCAUGGGAUGGUAUAGAGUCAGGCGAGGAAGAAAAAGAUGAGCUAGACUACGAAGUGGAUGGUCUGGACUCGGAUGAGGAUGACGACGAACAUAUCAAAUUGAUAGCCGAGGGUAAACAGAAUGGAGAACUCACUAAAACCGCGAGAAGUUUUUUUCAAUCAGAUUCAAUUUUCAAUGAGCUUGAUGAUGAGGAUUUGAUCGAAGAAUCGAGACCUAGAUCUGAAAAGGGGGCAGCAGUGGCAACAGUUCCAACAAAUGGAAAAGCUGAAACAGAAGCUAUAGCGGGCUUUGAAUCCGAUUCUGAUUCCGACUUUGAGAUUGUGCCAAACACAAUUGACGACAACGCGGAAGAAGACGAUGAAAGCGAUGACGAAAACUUGUCCAACAAGGAGAGGGUUGACAUAACAACAGCAGAAGCGAUGACCUUGGCCCAUAAAGUGGCACUUGGCCAAAUGUCAAAGAAAGAUCUCAUUGAGGAAGGUAUCAACAGAUACUCUUUCCGUGACAAAGAGAACCUCCCUGAAUGGUUCCUCGAUGAUGAACAAAAGCAUUCGAAAUUGAUCAAGCCGAUUUCUAAAGAGGCCAGUUUGGCAAUCAAGGAGAAACUCAAGCAAUUGAACGCCAGGCCUAUAAAGAAAGUGUUGGAGGCUAAGGGUAGAAAGAAGAUGAGAGCUUUGCGUCGUUUGGAGAAAUUGAAGAAGAAAUCCGACUUGAUCAAUGAGGAUAGCUCUAAGUCCGAAUACGACAAAGCCGCAGAGAUUUCCAAGUUGAUGCAAAAGGCUAAAAACAGUGGAAAGGAUAAACGAAAGAAAAUGACUGUUGUUGUUGCCAGAGGAUCUAAUAGAGGGCUUAGUGGAAGGCCAAAGGGUGUCAAGGGUAAGUAUAAGAUGGUCGAUGGUGUUAUGAAGAAUGAACAGAGAGCAUUAAAGAGGAUUGCAAAGAAGCAUAAGAAGUAA